CUGUGCUGUUGGCAGGAGUGACCCGAAUAAAAACAGCAACACCAGACAGACGAGGAAAAAAAGCAAAGUGAUCCAUUGAACCGGAGUCAUUGCCCCCUCUUAAUUACGUAGAGUCUCACAUCUCUUCCCUUUUUUUCACCUUUUCCGCCGCUCUGUAAGACUUUGGGCUCGAGGUAAUUAGCUUGAAGAGAAUAAAACCAGCUGAUCGGGAGAGGGGUGGUGCAUUUUGGAGCGAGAUGGCUAACAGAAACAUUCUGUUGCUCUUCUGUGGACUCUUCCUCUUAGCACUGAUUCAGCCCUCUCUACAAGGAGGUGUGUAUGUACCACCUGGUGCUGGAAUCGGACCAGGAGGCGCUGGAACAGGCACUGGAUUCUUUCCAGGAUCUGUUGGAGGAGUCCCUCCAGGCUAUAAACCAGCCAAAGCUGCAGUAGGAGGUUAUGGAGGUGGAGGCCAUGGAGGUGGAGGCUAUGGUGUAGGCCCAGGUGGUUUGGUGCCAGGAGGUGUUGGACCUGGUGGCCAGGCGUUUGCAGGUUAUGGACAUUUAGGAGGAGGUGGUUUUGGAGGUGGUGGCCAUGGAGCAGGUGGUUAUGGUGGAUACGGAGGAGGCACUGGGGGCUUUUUUCCAGGAGCUGGACAGAAAGCUGCUAAAAGAGGUGCAGGGGGCCAUCUGCUACCACAGGGAGGGACAGGAGGAACAGUGCUCGGGGCAGGAAGAGUUCCUAUAAGCACAGGAACUGGAGCUGCGUUGCCCGCUGGAGUACCUGUUAUUCCUCAGACAGGCCUUCCAGGAGGGGGAGCCGGUGGUGCGGCAGGAAAGAAAGCUUCCAAAGUGCCAGGUGUGGGUGUGCCUGGACAUUACCAAGGUGGACUGGUGCCAGGAAAAGGGUUUGGUGGACGUGGAGUUCUUCCUGGUGUGCCAAUGGGAACUGACCUGAAUCAAAAAUCAAUUGCAGGUGGAGGACAGGGAGGAGCUCAAGGACCAGGAAGCCGUGGGUAUGGUGGACAGAUGCAACCAGGGGUGUUUCACGGAUACCCGCUCAAGUCACCCAAAGUGCAAGGUGGCCAUGGAGCAAAACCUGGAGGAGGACAAUUUCCCUUUGGUUAUGGAGGCUUCGGUAACGGUGGAGCUGGACUGCCAGGAGGAACAGCUGGUUCCAAUCCUGGAUAUCCGGUUGGAACUGGAGUGGGACCAGGGGGCAUCUCACUUGCUCAGGCCAAAGCUGCCAAAUAUGGUUUGGGUGGUGGUGUAGGAGGUGUUGGCAAUGGAGGUGUUGGGGUUGGUGGUGUUGGCGGUACUGGUGGACUCUAUCCAGGGCUGGUGCCAGGAGGAGUGGGACCAUGGGGCAUCUCACCUGCUCAGGCCAAAGCUGCCAAAUAUGGUUUGGGUGGUGGUGUAGGAGGUGUUGGCAAUGGAGGUGUUGGCACUGGAGGAGUUGGAGUUGGUGGUGUUGGCGGUACUGGUGGACUCUAUCCAGGGCUGGUGCCAGGAGGAGUGGGACCAUGGGGCAUCUCACCUGCUCAGGCCAAAGCUGCCAAAUAUGGUUUGGGUGGUGGUGUAGGAGGUGUUGGCACUGGAGGUGUUGGCACUGGAGGAGUUGGGGUUGGUGGUGUUGGCGGUACUGGUGGACUCUAUCCAGGGCUGGUGCCAGGAGCAGGAUAUGGGGCUGCGGCCAAGGCUGCUAAAUAUGGGAUAGGACAAUUAGGAACAGGAGGACAAUUAGGAACAGGAGGACAAUUAGGAACGGGAGGACAAUUUGGAACUGGAGAACAAUUUGGAACUGGAGGACAAUUCAGAACGGGAGGACAAUUCGGAACGGGAGGACAAUUCGGAACGGGAGGACAACUCGGAACUGGAGGACAAUUAGGAACAGGGGGAUACUCUUCUGCUGCCAAAGCUGCUAAAUAUGGGGCACUGGGAGGCGCAGGUGGACUGGGUGGAACAGGACAAGGAGGCCCGGGAGGACUUGGAGGAGCAGGACUUGGAGGUGCAGGAGGAUACUCUGCCGCUGCCAAAGCUGCUAAAUAUGGAGCACUGGGAGGAGCAGGAGGACUGGGAGGAACAGGACUAGGAGCAGGAGGACUGGGAGGUGGAGGAUACCCUGCUGCUGCAGCUGCUGCUGCUAAAGCUGCUAAAUAUGGUGUAGGUAGUGGUGUUGCUGGAGGUGCAGGAGGAGUUCCUGGGUUCCCACUUUUACCAGGAUAUGGAUCUUUAGCAGCUGGUGCCAAACCUCCAAAAUAUGGAGUGGCAGGAGGAGGACAAGCAGGAGGUAGACUUCCAGGAGGAGCAGGACAGAUACUACCUGGUUUUGGCGGUUACGGUGGUUAUGGUGCUGGUGCUGGAGUCAAACCCCCGAAGUACGGAGUUUCAGGAGGAGCAGGGGCAGGGUUAGGAGCAGGGUUAGGAGCUGGAGGAUUUGUUGGGACAGGAGGAGCAGGAGGAGUAAUACCCGGAGCAGGUGGCCAAUACUCUGCUGCUGCAAAAGCAGCUAAAUACGGAGGCAUCACUGGAGUAGGACUCGCUUUGCCAGGAGCUACUCCAGAUACAGCUGUCAGGGGUGUUCCAGAUGGUUCUGCUUUUGUGUCACCUGGUGGGACGGGUUUUCCUCUAAAACCAGAAAGGGAUGUAUAUCCUGGUGGAACUGCUGGACCAGAGCUCACGGCUAUUAAUGCAACUGGCAAGGCCCCAGAGGUCCAGCAGCCCAGCGUUUCUGGUGGAAUUUUUCAGCCUAAUGCUGGCACAAGCGUUGGUGGAACAGGUGUUGGAGCACCCCCUGCUGGUGGUACACAAGGCCAAGGUCAGCCCGGUUUUCCUGUUGGCACUGGUGUCAAAGCCCCCAAACCGUUUUUUCCAGGUGCUGGAGGUGGAUAUCCCUAUGGUGGAACAUAUGGAGUUCCUUAUGGUGCAGGAACCGGCACUGGACCUGGUCCUGGAGCAGGAACUGGAGUUGGAACCGGAACACUGUCCGGAGUGAAGCCUCUGAAACCUCCAGCUGUGGGAGGAGCUGGAGGCGGAGUUGGAAUCCCACUGGCAGCAGGAACUUAUCCAGGGGGAUACAGUCCAUAUCAUCAUGGUUAUGGACAGGCAGGUGGGUUGACGUAUCCCUCAGGAGUUGGACUGGGAGGUGCUGGUGGUGGAGUUAAAGCACCCAAACCAGGCUAUGGGAAUCUUGGAGUUGGUGGUGCUGGAUAUCAGCCAGCAGCUCCUGGUUAUGGAGGUGGUUACCCACAGCAGUACUACCAAGGUGGAUACGUACCAGCCCAACUGACUCCUCAACAAGGUGGAUACGUACCAGCCCAACUGACUCCUCAACAAGGUGGAUACGUACCAGCCCAACUGACUCCUCAACAAGGUGGAUACGUACCAGCCCAACUGACUCCUCAACAAGGUGGAUACGUACCAGCCCCACUGACUCCUCAACAAGCCAAAGCAGCAAAGUACGGUCCACUGCAGAGAUUCUUUGGUGGAGCAGGAGGAGGAGCAGCAGGAGGAGGCGUCUACAGAGGUGGAGUCGCAGGAUGCCAGGGCAAAUACUGCGGGAGGAGGAAGUAGAGGAUCUCUUGAGAUCCAGUGUGACCUCAAGAAAACUAUGGUGCUACUGCAUGAUUGAGAAUGUACAUUUUAUAUACCAACAAACCCCAAUUAGACAAUGUGUAAAGAUGUUUGUUUCACUGACCUGACAUCAGUGUCUGUUUUUAUACAAACCCACCGACCCACAGUCUUGUACACGUUCUAAUGUGACGUAUUGAUAGUAUUGUUCGUGCCUUUUAUCAUUAAUGUGGUCACGUUAUUCAGCUUUAACUUCCUGUACUCCACCAACCUAUGUAGAAUACAGAGUGUUUUGUGUCACCUUGUGUUGUUGUGUGUGUGUGUUGUUGUGUGUGUGUGUGUGUGUGUGUGUGUGUGUGUGUGUGUGUGUGUGUGUGUGUGUGUGUGUGUGUGUGUGUGUGUGUGUGUGUGUGUGUGUGUGUGUGUGUGUGUGUGUGUGUGUGUGUGUGUCUGUUUAGUGUUGUUUUGGCAUAUGAUUGUACUGUUGCGCGAAAGACUGUCUGAACCAUCGCCUGUUGUUGUGACCUACCAACGAUUUCCCUCUAGGCUUUUCUAAAGCAAGGUGAUCUGUCCUCAGUGUGGCACAGAUCUCCUCUCUGACAUAUCACAGGGGCUGGGUUGGUCUGGGGCUCGUCCAAAAAAAUGAAAUCUGGCCAAUCCCAGCGUCGUCUCUGGCUCCCCGUCUUUCCUUCGCUGCUAUUUUUAGGCCUGCUGGGUAAAGAGCAGCGGGAAUCGGGGCUCCGGCCAACCCAUCUGCUCACAGUAACUUUGCUGAGUCUUGUUGCUAUGCAGUUCAGUUUUCUCAGCAUUUUUAAUGUUGCCAAAACUUGUGAUGUAUGAAGAGCAGCUGCUGCUCUGAGGAAAGGUGCUGAAGACAAUGAAAAAUGUUUAGUUAAUUACAGGAUGUUUAAAAUAACAACAGAAAGCAAAGUGUUGCCUUUUAGUUCCAAGAAGAAUAAAACCAUUCAGAUGCUACUCUGCCAUUUCUAUUAUGUGUAUGAAUGUAUGAAUGCUUCACAUGUUUAGUCUCAUCGCAGCACUUAUCUACAUUUACCUAACUUUGUCAUUACAUGAUUACCCAAGAUUAUUUGCACCAUGUUUUGACUCAUAGCUAUAUUGUUAUCAGGAAUAUGUGAACAAGAACAAACCCUUUGCUUUUUGCAUUUACUGUUAAGAACUGUAAGACUUGGUUUGACUGGAGCGCCCACAGUGUGUGUUAACGUGAGGCACGGGCUCCUUGUUCUUCAUUUACUUGAGCUGCUUUUAAAAAGGCUUUACUGACCAAAGGUUCAUGAGCGCUGUUUGCCAAGUGACCCAUCUUUUUUUUGUGUGUAAUUGUGUACUGUAUUUUGUACUAAUUUGAUGUUAGCUGGCUUCAGUAGCUCCGCUCGGUGCUGUGUGAGAACUGUCUUUGAGCCUCGCUGGGUCAGACCUUGUCUUAUGUGCCGUGGGAUACUCUUCAUCUUUAUUUAAAAACUGUUUUUUUAUAAGGAGGAACAGUAUGGUUUUUGCACUUUUUUUUAUAUUUCCAUGACACAUGUGACUUCCUGGCAUUUUAUUUGCUUCAUUAAACAACAAAAUAAAAUGUGUUUAAAGAU